CAAACUCCUCCCACCGCUCUCCCCUCACCCCUUUUUAUAAAAACCCACCUCUCCCUUCCCCUCCUCCCAUCAUACAACAAACCCUCAGAAUUCCAACCUUCGAAGCUCACUGCAGCUCCGAAGAUCACUUGGUCUUCGAUCUGGAACAACCAGAGAUAUUUACUUUAAUUCAAGGAUUUGACAUCUACAGGCAUCAACGAUCAUGUCUUGCGUCGACCCCAAUUCAAAUUCGAAGCCUAUCGUAAUACGGGAAGUUUGGUCCGACAACCUCGAAGCCGAAUUCGAGUUGAUCCAGGAUGUAAUCGAUCAGUACCCCUUUAUCUCCAUGGAUACAGAAUUCCCCGGCAUCGUCUUCCGUCCCGCCGGCAGAAACGCGAAGUUUUACUACCGGAAGCCGUCUGACCAUUACCUCGUCCUAAAAGCCAACGUGGACAACUUGAAUCUCAUCCAGGUCGGCCUCACCUUCUCCGACGCCGACGGUAACCUUCCGGAUCUGGGCACCGGUAACCGGUACAUUUGGGAAUUCAACUUCCGCGACUUCGAUGUCUCCCGCGACGCGCACGCGCCGGAUUCGAUCGAACUGUUGAGCAAACAGGGGAUUGAUUUUGAGAAGAACAAGGAGAAGGGAAUCGAUUCGAGCCGAUUCGCCGAGUUGAUGAUGUCGUCGGGACUCGUCUGCAAUGAUUCGGUAAGUUGGGUGACGUUUCACAGCGCGUACGAUUUUGGGUACCUGGUGAAGAUCCUGACCAGCCGGAGCCUGCCGAAAGAGAUGGGAGAGUUUUUGGGUCUUUUGAGGGUAUUCUUCGGGAGCAGGGUGUACGACGUGAAACAUCUGAUGAAGUUUUGUCAGAGUUUGUACGGGGGGUUGGACCGGGUGGCUAAGACGCUUGCAGUGAACCGGGCGGUUGGGAAGUGCCAUCAGGCCGGUUCGGACAGUUUGUUGACAUGGCAUGCGUUCCAGAAGAUGAGAGAGAUGUACUUUGGGAAAGAUGGACCGGAGAAGCACGCCGGUGUCCUGUAUGGGUUGGAGUUAGAGGUGUUUUGAACCCCCCCCCCCCCCUUUUUAAUUUAUUAUUUUUAGUAUUUUUUGGGUAAUUUUGUGUAUAGCCCUUUCUAAAUUAAGCUAUAUGAAAUUCUUUCUAUUUCACUCUCAAAUUAUUA